GAAAGAGUUGAGAAUUAUGGCUGCCGGAAAAUUUGCAAGCCUUCCCAGAAACAUGCCAGUGAAUCACCAGUUCCCUCUGGCCUCGUCCAUGGACCUUCUGAGCAGCAAGUCCCCUCUCGCUGAGCUCCGCACAGAUGCCUAUCAGGACGUGUCUAUACACGGCACCCUUCCACGGAAGAAAAAGGGCCCUCUGCCCAUAAGGUCCUGUGACGACUUCAGGCACAUGGGCACCCUCCCCCACUCCAAAUCCCCACGGCAGCAUUCGCCUCUGACCCAGGACGCCAUCCAGGAGAACCCACCACAAGACUGGAAAGGCGAAGCCUUCGCUUUCAGGGAUCCGCAUCUGCUGGACCCAACUCUGGAAUAUGUGAAGUUCUCCAAGGAGAGGCACCUGACGGACAGGACCCCCGAGAGGCUGAAGAAGGAGCUGGAGGAGGAGCUGCUGCUGAGCAGCGAGGACUUGCGCAGCCACGCCUGGUACCAUGGCCGCAUCCCCCGACAGGUAUCUGAAAACCUCGUACAGCGAGACGGCGACUUCCUGGUUCGAGACUCUCUGUCCAGCCCCGGAAACUUCGUCCUGACCUGCCAGUGGAAGAACCUGGCCCAGCACUUCAAGAUCAGCCGGACCGUCCUGCGACUCAGUGAGGCCUACAGCCGCGUGCAGUACCAGUUCGAGAUGGAGAGCUUCGACUCCAUCCCGGGCCUGGUGCGCUGCUAUGUGGGUAACCGCCGGCCCAUCUCGCAGCAGAGCGGUGCCAUCAUCUUCCAGCCCAUCAACAGGACGGUGCCCCUGCGGUGCCUGGAGGAGCGCUACGGCACCUCCCCGGGCCGGGCCGAGGGGAGGCCGGACGUGGCCAAGAGGCUGAGCCUCACCGUGGGCAGCGGCCAGGCCCGAGAGCAGAACUUGCCCAGAGGAAACCUCCUCAGAAAUAAAGAAAAGAGCGGUAGCCAGCCCGCCUGCCUGGACCACAUGCAGGACCGCAGAACUGUGUCCCUCAAAGCCCACCAGUCGGAGAGCUUCCUGCCAAUUGGCUGUAAACUCCCCCCUCAGUCCCCCGGUGUGGACACAAGCCCCUGCCCAAACUCACCCGUGUUCAGGACGGGCAGCGAGCCCACCCUGAGCCCAGCGUUGGUCCGGAGGGUCUCCUCAGAGGCCAGGGCAGGGGAGGCACUGAGGGGAUCAGACAGCCAACUGUGCCCCAAGCCACCCCCUAAGCCCUGCAAGGUGCCCUUCCUUAAGACUCCAGCGUCUCCAUCCACCUGGCUGAACUCAGAGGCCAACUACUGUGAACUGAACCCAGCCUUCACUGCAGGCUGUGACAGAGGGGUCAGGCUGCCCAUGUGUGCCCAGGGCGGCCACACGGAACUGCUACCAGCCAAGCAGAAUGGGGCACCAGGUCCCCGGAACUCUGGCAUCAACUACUUGAUCCUUGAUGGUGAUGACAGGGCAACACCUUGGGAGCCCCCGGCUGCUCCAAUGGACGAGGGGCAGGAGAACCAAGACGAGUUUGUGACGCCCCUCCUGGAGACCGUCUCCUCAUUCAGGCCCAACGACUUCCAGUCAAAGCUCCUUCCUGCGGAGAACAAGCCCCUGGAGACAGCACUGCUGAAACGCACAAAGGAGCUGUUCACCAGCUGCGACCCCAAGGUCAUUGCCCAGCACAUGCUGAGCAUGGACUGCAAGGUCGCUAGGAUCCUCGAAGUCUCCGAAGAGACGAGGAGGAACAUGGGUGUGAGCUCAGGGCUGGAGCUCAUUACCUUGCCUCACGGACACCAGCUGCGCCUGGACAUCAUGGAAAGGCACAACACGAUGGCCAUCGGCAUCGCCGUGGACCUUCUGGGCUGCACGGGCACGCUGGAGGACCGAGCGGCCACCCUCAACAGGAUCAUCCAGGUGGCCGUGGAGCUGAAGGAGUCCAUGGGGGACCUCUACUCCUUCUCGGCCGUCAUGAAAGCCCUGGAAAUGCCACAGAUCACAAGGUUGGAACAAACAUGGACUGCCCUGCGGCACCGGUACACCCAGACGGCCAUCCUGUAUGAGAAGCAGCUGAAGCCCUUCAGCAAAAUCCUGCAUGAAGGCAGAGAGUCCACGUGUGUUCCCCCAAGCAAUGUGUCAGUCCCGCUGCUGAUGCCCCUUGUGACCCUGAUGGAGCGCCAGGCUGUCACUUUUGAAGGAACUGACAUGUGGGAAAAGAAUGACCAAAGCUGUGAAAUUAUGCUGAACCACUUGGCAACAGCCCGACUCAUGGCUGAGGCUGCUGACAGCUACCGCGCGAAUGCUGAGAGGAUCCUGGCAGGUUUUCAACCAGAUGAAGAAAUGAGUGAAAUCUUCAAGACCGAAUUUCAAAUUCGAUUGCUAUGGGGCAGCAAAGGUGCACAAGUCAAUCAGACAGAGAGAUAUGAGAAAUUCAGCCAGAUUCUAACUGCACUCUCCCGUAAACUGGAACCCCCUCCCGUGAAGCAGGCAGAGCUCUGAUAACUCUCCAGAGAAUCUUAAGAUUGUAUUGCAAGCUUCUCUGGGAAAGCCUAUCACUUGAUAAAGUAAUAAUGUGCAAAUCUGACAAUAGACAAGCUGUUAGUAUCCACAGGAUAUUAAACGUGUAAAUUGUGGAGAGCACACUUAUUUAUGAAUUGCUUAAAAUUACUACUGAUUCUUAAAUGAUAAUUUAUUAUUACGGUAACUAUUGCUAAUGGUGAUCAGCAAAUUUAAAGAGAAGACUUAGCUAUGUUGGCUGGUUGCUUUCUAUUAUCAUGGUAUUUGACCAUUGUAGUUUUAAUUCCAUGUCAGAUAAGUGUAAAUAGAAGAGUUUAAAAGCAUGAAACAUUUCAGAAGGUAUCAGUUGUAUGAUAUUCUUUAAAUAAAUAUGAAAAGUGUAAAUAGUCAUGAAUGAAAAUAUAUCUUUUUGUGAAACAGUU